GUGCGGGCUACUUGCUCUGAACUUCGCAUUCAAACAGGCGCAAAUGGCCGCGUCAUCUCUCCGCGGCGGCGGCGCCGCCGGCGCCGUAAUCCGUGGCCGCGGCCACGUCAGCCUCUCCCUGCUGGCGGACCGCUGCUCCACCCUCCGCGGCCUGACCGUCGUCCACGCGGCCAUGCUCGUCUCCGGCCGCAUCGCCAACGACGCCUUCGCGGCUUCCCGCCUCCUGGACGCCUACGCCUCGCUCUCCCCUCCGGCCACCGUGCUCCGCCUCCUCUCCUCCCUCCCUUACGCCCCCAACUCAUUCAUGCUCAACACCUCCCUCCGCGCCCUCGCCUCCUCCCCCGACCCCGCCUCCGUCCUCGCCUUCUUCUCCCACCUCCGCCACUCCGCCGGCUCCUCCUACUCCCCCGGCAGGCACACCUUCCCCUUCCUCCUCAAGGCCUCCGCUCGCCUCGCUCUUCCUGUCUCCACGCAGAUCCACGCGCUCGUCGUCAAGCACGGGCUCGAUCGUGACACCUACGUUGCCAACGGCCUUGUCCGCGCCUACUCGGUGGCUGGACUCAUUGGUGUCGCGCGGAAGGUGUUUGAUGAAUUGCCCGAGCGAAGCGUGGUGGUGUAUACCACCAUGGUCUCUGGCUAUGCGCAGAAUGGGCGGUACCAGGACGCCAUGGGAGCCUUUGAUGAGAUGCUCAAUGAGGGGUUCGAGCCUGGUGCAGUGGUGCUUGCAUCGGUGCUGUCGGCCUGCGCACGGUCAGAGUCUGGUGGGCUCGUGAUGGGGCGGCGUGUGCAUGAUAUCAUGGAGAGGAGGGGGAUGGCGGCCCCUGCGGGGGUGAUCCUUGGCACAGCAUUAGUCGACAUGUAUGGAAAGAAUGGGGCGAUCGAGGAGGCUGUAACGGUGUUUAAGGGGAUGCCGGAGCGGCAUACAGCUACGUGGAACGCCCUGAUCUCAGUGUUGGCGCACCAUGGGCAUGGCAAGGAUGCGCUGGCGAUGUUCGAGCAGAUGCGCCGGGAGGGUGUGCCGCCGAAUGCAACCACACUUGUCGGGGUUCUGUCAGCAUACUGCCACACAGGGCUGCUCGACGAGGCCCGCAGAGUGUUCGCAUCUAUGGAGGACUUUGGGGUGACUCCGAGCAUCCAACACUAUGGGUGCAUGGUUGACCUCCUCGGCCGAAGUGGACUUCUAUUGGAGGCCGAAGAGAUGAUACGUGGGAUGACAUGCAAGGCUGAUACUAUGAUCUGGGGGGCUUUGCUUACAGCCUGCAAGAGCCACGGCGACAUUGAUAUCGCGGAACGGGCUGUGCAAGAGAUGCUGAAACUGGACCCCAACAACCAUGGCGUGUAUGUGGUGCUGUCCAACAUAUAUGCAGAUGCUGGGAGGUGGCAGGACGUGGAUAAACUUAGGAAAGUGAUGAAGGAUGCACGGUUGUCAAAGAUACCCGGAUCGAGCGCUGUUGCUGGCUGCAGUGCCGGCUGACCAUGGCAGUGACGGAAGACGUGUGGGUUUCAUUGCAGCUCAGUGCUGAUCAGGAAGUUGCUUGCUGUUCAUGAACAGAUUGACUGCCAGUAUUUUAUCAACAUCGUGAACUCAACCAACUUUUGCAUCAGGGGGCUAGCAAUACUAAUUCUUUUUGGUGAGAUACAGAUGAGUUAUUCACCGUUGGGACCAAAUUCAGCAUUACAGCAGCAAGCCAUCGCCACAUGCCAUGAAAAAUGGAAUAGUGCAUCAGAGAAGCCCCAUAGAACUGCUUUUAUUGCAAAUAAGACCAUCACGCUAUUUUGUUUUGCCACUUCACUCCUGUCAAGCAUAACACUGUCUUGGCGGAAGACGGCAAACCAGAUGAAUGCAUAUCAUUCUAGAAUCGAGAGCGACCAGUGAGCUUUUCAAUAUGAUCGUUGGUUGACAAUGAGCUAUUUAACUGAAGUGGAAACAUUUCCCGUUUUUCACAAGAUGAUGUAAGUCUGCACCAUGACAGAUACUUUGGCAUUAUGCCGUAUGAAAAACAUGCUUCUUCCAUCCGGAACAUGUGUGGUUAUAUUCAGAUCAUUGCUGCUAUUGAUAUGCCUGAGUUGAAUGGUGUACUUACACUCUUCCCCAAAGAUGCCCCUGACAACAGGCAUGCGCAUAUCAUUGUCCCAGUAGGCUGGAGAUCACAGACCCUGCGUUUGUAUCUGCAGACGAAGUGCACCGGUUUUUUCACCCUGCCAGGUGACAAAGUAUCUAUGGAAACCAACGAUGUGCUGUUGUCUCUCACCCUGCCAGCUAACAAAAGGUUGGUGCUGUGGAAACAUUUCCAGCUCUCCACAAGCUGAUUCAAGUCUGCACCAUGACAGAUACUUUGGCACUGCACCAAAGGAAAACAUGCUUCUUCCAUCCAGAGCCUGGGUGGUUAUGUUCAGAUCAACGCUGCUAUUCAUAUGCUCGUCUUGAAUGGUAUAUUUACACUCUUUUCCAAGAUGCCCUCGACAACAGGCAUGCGUAGAUCAUUGUUCCAGUUGGUUGGAGAUCACAGUGGACCUGUUCAAGUAACCAGCCGCCCACAGAAUUUUUCUCUUUGUGAUGUUCAUCAACAAAUAACACUGUACCAAAGAAGUUCCACGGUUUGCCACCCUGCCGGCUGACAAAGUAUCUAUUUAAACAAAAGAAGUGCCGUCGCCUCUCACCCUGCCAGCUAAGAAAAGGAUGCCUGCGUGAUUGAGGAGAGCCCAAACAUGAGCAAGGAAUUCUCCUCCUUGCUCAAGCCGUUCCAUGUGCACCUUGACACUGUCUGAUGCCACGAUAUGGAUGAUGGUCUCGGCCCAGAAUUCGGCCAUCACCUUCCAGCGGAGAAACAUCAUCUUCUAUCUUCUCCAGCUCUUUCCCCAGCUUCAAGCCUUUAACGAAGAUGGUAUCUAAAAUGCUAUUAUUGGUGGAAGUGGAACUGAGGAUUUGUAUCCUCGGGGCUGUUGCUGCUUAAUAUGCGGAUUGUGGUAUCGUCAUCGUUGUUGCUUCUGGAACCAUGGAGGACAGUAUCUUCAUUGUUGCUGCUUUUGGAAUCAUUGACGACCUAGAGCAAUCUAUCCCUACUCGGCUUCCGCCUACAAAGCAUCUGUCUUAGUUCCAGUUGCAGGCAACUGAAGUGAAACAGUGUGUCCGUAGAGUUCCCAGGAAGCAAAUCUGGGAGGAAGUUCAUCAAAUGUGCACAAUAUCUGGAUAAAAGUGACCGCAACUUGCUGGUAGUUAUCUGUGUGGAGCUUUCUUUCCUUCAAAGACUCAGUGUUGCAGUAUUCGAGGCCCCACUGCCCUGACUGGCUUCAUUGCUAGCCUUGACUCGCCCCACUCCCCUGGCAUCCUUUGCUCGCCGCCACCACCGCUACCACCGGCGGCCUCGAAGCCAUCUGCCACGGAGAAGCUGGCAAGAUGCAGUGGCCGCUGCCAAGCCCUCUGCAGGUCUACUGACGAUGGACAUGGUCAAGCUUGUCUUGCUGAAGAAAUCUUGUGAACCCAUCGAUGAAUCGACCGCCACCUCUGCUGCCCUGAAGAAGUACGGAGAUUUGUACCAGCAGCCAGUCACGGCCUUGAUGGACGCCGCCAACCCUGCUCGCAAGAUGGGGAAGAAAGUUGAUGUGACUGCGUCUUGAACCAAGGGUCCCCAUGAAGAUCAAGGAUGAGGCUGCCCUUUGGGCUGGCGCCGGUGGGAUGUCCACUGAUUCGCUCACGAACAUUGUAACUGCCUCCUAGGAGGAUUGGAACCCAAACUCUCUCUUUCCAAUGCAAUGAAAAAAAAGAAAAGAAAAGAAAGCUGAUGCGGCUGAUGGGGAAGAAGCUCUGCUUGGGGAGGCUCUGGCAGUGGCUUGAUCGGCUGCCUCUGCUAGUCUCCAGCGCCCCCACUGUUACCAAUGUUAGAUCUUCCACUUCGUUAUCAGCUGCCCUCUGUUGGUCCCUGUCUCCGUUCCGCGUCACCCCCGUUCCUUGCUUAGUGUUGCUGCACCUCUGUAUGCUGUGUUUGUGUCUUCAGAAUUCAGAUACUGGUGUCUGUUCACUACUGUUUGCAAUGCCGGCUAUCCCUUGGGCUGUUUGUUUGCCAUUCGCGCAGACUGUUGUCCAACUGCUUUGCAACGCCCCCACCGCGAUGAUCCCUGCAAUGUAUAUACAACUUAUUAAUUGGAACGUCAGAGGGUUAAACAACCUGGCUAGAAGGAGAGCGAUUCAAAAAUUUAUUGCUGACCACAACUGCAACUUGGUCUGCCUCCAGGAGACUAAGUUGGCUGACCUCUCCCCUGCUCUGGUCACUGAGAUCCCUGGCAGCAAGUUCUCUGCCAAUGUCAUUUUCAAACCGGUAUUGGCAUCCGAGGGGGCAUCUUGGUGGCAUGCCCUGAUGAUUUUGCUAUUGUUCAGGACCACUUGACCUCAGGGACCAAUUUCAUCACAGGAACAAUAACUGAUAAAUCUGCAAUGCAUCCUGGACAAUUACUGCCGUCUAUGGUCCUCAAGAGGAUGCUGAGAAAGUUGCCUUCAUUAACGAGCUCAAAAAUAUCAAGCAGCUUGUGCAGGCCGAAUGGAUGUUGCUCGGCGAUUUCAACCUGUUAGCAAGCUGUCUGACAAUAGCAAUAACAGUGUCAAUCUCAGAACGAUGGGUCGUCUUAGGCGUGCAAUUGAAGACUUGGAGCUCAGAGAGAUGCCCCUCUCGGGGAGAAAAUACACCUGGUCAAAUGAGAGAGGAGAGUACUGUGCACACCAAAAGUGACAGAAUCCUCUUCAGAAAGGAUUGUGGGAUCAACCAUCUGCAGUAUCACCUGAUUCCUGCUUCGACAACAAUCUCUUGCCACUGACCCAUUAUUCUCAAGAAGAUGCACAUUGGGCAUUACAGGGGAUUCAUAUUUGAGGCCUACUGGGCAAGUCUUAAUGGUUUCAAAGAUGUGGUCCAAAAGGCUUGGUGCAAGCCUGUUUUUUCAACUGGCGCUGUCAAGAAUCUGCAUAUCAAGCUAUCUAGGACCGCAAGAGUACUGAAGCAAUGGAGUAACAGUCAUGGACGAGAGCAGAGAUUUAAGGAGAAGCUUGCAACAGAGGUGAUUUUCCAAUUGGAUAUUGCUCAGGAGGACAGGGAGUUGACUCAUGUUGAAAGAGCAUUUCACACCACCCUCAAAAACAGAUUGCUUGGGUUUGCAGCAAUUGACAGAGCUCGUUGGAGACAAAGAUCAAGGGUUAUCUGGAUCAAAUCUGGUGAUGCUAAUACCAGGUUAUUCUACUUAAGGGCAAAUGGGUGAAGGAGAAAAAAAAUCACAUGCCAGUGCUCUCCAAUGACCAUAGAAUUCAGGUCAAUGACCACCCUGAGAAAGCUCAAAUUCUUCUGAACCAUUUCAACUCUCUCCUGGGUGAACCUACUCCAAGUGUGUUGGGCCUCAAUCUGGACUCUCUACAACUUCCCACUGCUAAUCUGUUGCACCUAAUGAGUUCUCCAUGAAUGAACUUAAGUUUACCUUUUUGCUUUGCCCGCUGAGAAAGCUCCUGGACCUGAAUGCUGCAUUGGGAUUUUUUAUAAGAUCUGCUCUACUAUUUGUCGGCAUGGAUCUGUUGAAUGUUAUUAACCAGUUGAGAUUGCUCCAAGGUGAUCAUUGGCACUUAUUAAACUCCGCAAACAUUGCCCUCAUCCCAAAGAAGGGGGCAUAUGUCUCUGCUGCUGAUUACAGCCCAUAAGCCGCAUGCAUAGUGUGGCUAAGAUCCUAGGGAAGAUGAUUGCUACCAGGCCUGCUCUUGCCUUGCAAUCUCUGGUGUCAAGCUGUCAAAGCGCAUUUAUCAAGAAGAGAUCUAUUCAAGACAACUUCCUGUUUUGUUAGAAACAUUGUAAAGGAAGCCCACUGCAAGAAGAAACCCCUGCUGUUCCUCAAACUCUUCUUUGCCAAGGCUUUUGAAAACGUUCAUUGAGAUUAUCUCCUUAACCUGCUCCAGGCUUUAGUUUCAGUGCUAGAUGGAGGGAUCUGAUCUCCUCGUCACCUGCUACUUACACCUUUGGAGUGAUCCUUAAUGGAACCCCUGGGAAACCUUUCCAUCACAGACGUGGGCUGCGACAGGGAGAUCCGCUUGCCCCAAUGCUCUUCAUUCUAGCCCUCGAGCCACUGCAGUGAAUCUUUGCCAAGGCUACUGAAUGUAGACUUCUUUCGCCCGUCAUGCAUACAGCAUCGAAGAUGAGAGCCAGUUUCUAUGUGGAUAAUGCUGCCUUCUUUUUAAACCCUUGCAAAAAUGAAGUCAACAAUGUCUCUGCUAUCCUGAAUUUUUUUUUGGAUCAGCCUCUGGCCUCAAGAUAAACCUAGCUAAAUGCGUGGCCUUUCCGAUCAGCUACCAGAGACUGGAUCUCGGAGAUAUUCUCUCUGGAUUUGGUGGUAAACUGGGGUCCUUCCCCUGUAGCUACCUGGCUCUCCCUCUUGGCACUAUAGAUCCCGCACAGGUUUAAUUGUCAGCCUCUGCUGGAUAAGUAUUCGACCAGACUCAAACCAUGGAAAGGCAAGCUUAUGUCCCGCGAAGGACGCCUGGUCCUGGUCAAUGCGAUACUCUUGGCCCUUUCUACUUACUUUCUCACUUCUUUCAUCCCUUCAAAGUGGUUGAUCGAAAGGAUUGAUAAGGCCAGACGCAACUUCCUUCCUCUGGUGGUGUGAAGAGAGUGCCGAUGGCAGUAAAUGCCUUGUCAAUUGGACAAAAGUAUGUUCCCCGAAGGAUUAUGGUGGUCUUGGCAUCAAGGAUCUUGAUCUGCACAGCCACGCCUUGUGACUGAGGUGGCUAUGGUAGAGCUGGGACAACUCUGAUCGACCAUGGAAAGGUUUCCCAGUUCCUUGCAAUGAGACUGACAGGCGCCUUUUUGCUGCUUGCACCGCUAUCAACAUCAAAACUGGCACACUAAAAGACCUUAAAAACCUCUCGGUCCGAGAUGGAAUUACGAAUGCCAGAUGGAUGAGAGGCCUUCAGAAAAUAAAUUCUGAGCGCAAUUUAACUCUUCCAUCAGGAUAGGAGCAGUUGUUCUCACUGGUCACCUGGGUGAUGGCUAGGACGUUAUAACCUGGAACCUCACUGCUAAUAACUGCUACUCUGCUGGUUCUGCCUACAGCACUCAAUUCCUUGGAAAGAUCAAGGACCCUAGACUGCACAAGGUUUGGUCUGUGAAAUCUGAAGGAAAAGUGUGCCUUUUCAUUUGGCUGCUUCUCCAAAACAGGCUUUGGAUGUCAGAUAGAUUAAGGGACGGGAUGGCCACAUGCUGUGGUGUGCCCUAUGUGCGAUCAGGUUGGUGUGGAAGUGCAGUUCACUUGACGCCGAUUUGCCCUUUUGCCAAGCAAGUUUGGUGCGUUUUGGUUACUUCGCACGCAGCUGCUGCAGAUGCUGCAACGAUCAGUACCUCUAUCUUCAACUGGUGGCACAAAACCUCAAGAUCCACCAAGAACAUCUCAGGUCACGGCCAUCGUCUAUGUUGCCUGGAAUCUAUGGAAAGAGAGAAACAGAUGCAUCUUCAAAAAUGAGACUAUCUUGGUUGAGGGGGUUGUAGCCCUGAUUAGGGUUUAGGGUUGAGUAGGCAUACCGCGAGUAGUCUGCUGCUGCCCUCUGAUUGUUUUUCCUUUUUCUUGCAACCUCUACUCUGUACAAUUUUUCCCUCUACUAUAUUGAAUUGGCAGAGCUCCCGCUGUUGCCCGUAAAAAAAAAGUGCCAAAUAAGCAUAACUAUGGUCUGACUCAGAUUCUUUAUUGUCCAUGAGAACUCUCCAAGGACACCAUUACACUCCAAUGUUGUUUCUCCAUUAGUUAAGAGGACCACAGAUGCAAGAUAUCUGCAAACAAGAAACUAUCUCGCUCUUGACCAGGCCAGGAACUACUUUGAACGUUUUACUCUUGAGUUUUCUUGGGAACUUAAGAUUCAAGAUGUAGUCGACAGGGUAACAGAGCAGAGAACCAAGAUUGGCAUGCAAGCAGCCUUCAAUUACAGAGGUUCCUCCCGGCGAUAACUGCAAGCAAGCAAAAUGGUGGCCCAGUCUGAUAGUAUCAGCAAAUUCAAUCACAGGGUCGUGUGUCUUCACUACAGGGGGAUCUCCAAGCAGAGAUAAUCCGCCGAUAGAUAUGAACAUCACCUUGAGAGCCGCCAUAAUAAGGAAAGAUCUCUCCAUGUGACACAGCACUCCAUAUUUCGUGAAGAAGUCAUACAAGAAUCCCAGAUCCAUCUCGAUGAUAUGAAAUGCUCUGCUGUGGUUGUGGACUCCAUCCUCUCCCGACAGCAAACCUUCGAGAACAAACCUGCGCGUCUCUGAAAGGGCGGCUUCAGAGCAUUCCAUCCCAAAGAGCUGGUGCUUGAGCAGGUGAGACAGAGCAAACAAGAGGCAUACAUCUUUCAGUCAUGCGUCAUGUAAAUCCAUGUCCUGGAUUGUUGUCUGUUUUUACUUGGGUUCUGCAGGCUGUUCUCUUGGUACCUCUCCCCUGAUCAACUUGGUGAAAAGACCGGACAAUGUAUCGGUAGGCCUUCAUUGUAGCUGGAUCAAAAUAUUCUUGAGCACCUCUGGCAUGAACCUGAUCCCUCAUGUAGUCAACCACAACUUUGCUGGGUGAAGAGUUUGUGACCAUCCGACCAGUAAUUACUCUAACCAGAUUGUUUAAGAUUGCUAGGUCAAACAGAACAAUAAAGGAGGGCAAGUAAAUUGUUGAUGCGAUGGUUCUGGAUAGUAUGCCCCGUUGAUGUGCUGGAUAACGCUACAAGUAGCAAAAAGCAGCUGGAAUAUGAUGGCGAAGUAGAAGCAGUACUGGAGCAGCUCGAAGAGGUAGCACCUCCACUUGCUGUUGUCGUCGAGGUCAUAGGCGGUGACGGAGUUGGUGCAGCCGGAGACCAGCAGCAGGAUCACAGCCCAGGCGUGGUACAGCCCGUUCUUAACUGGCGAUGACAUCAUCAGGCCAAGCGUGUAGGUGAUUAUGGGGAAGGAGAGCGUGUAGGCCAGCGCUUGACAUCAUCAGGGCAUCUUGGACGAGCCAGGAGCCAAGGAUGAGCUACAGGAACAGCAGGAUGGCUUCCAAUGCCACGAAGGUUUCUAUCCAGGUGACUAUCUGUCCUGGGUCUUCGAGGUUGGAAGACAUUGCCUUCUGCGCCCUCGUCGCGUCCUGCGGCUGGUCAGGACGAUCCAUGGUGUUUGGCAUCGUGAAGUUAACCAACUUUUGUACCAGGGGGUUAGCAAUACUAAUUCAUUUUGGUGAGAUACAGAAGAGUUAUUUACAGUUGGGACCAAUCUCAGCAUUACAGGCUACAGCAGCAAGCCAUCGUCGUACGUGUCACAAAAAAAAAACCUCCCAGAAAUCAAAGGAAGGGAGGGUCUAUGCACGCGAACCAUGAGCUCAUCAUCAUUUCCAGCAGAUACGGCUGCUAGCAAUUAGCAAAGCAGUUCGUAUUUAUGGCAUAUGUUCAAUCUGCAUCAUAUCGUCCAGCAGAAGCUCCCCCUCCAGCUGCGAUUUGUUGUCUUCAAUAUCUUCUGAUAAUUACAUCGGAGUCAUAAGAUCGAUCCAUCAUGCAACCAUUUGCGGAUAAAGGAUAAAAUGUACCUUGAAGUCCAUAAGAUGCCGUGCAUCAUGUAAUGUAGCAACACGAAGAAGGCCACCAUCAAGGCGAAGCUGCAAACACACAGAGCAGGUCUCGACUCCAAACCUAUUUGUUAUUUAUUCACAGAUCCCAUAAACAUUUUCUUAGUAAUUUGAGAUUUGUAAAUAUAAUGCCUUAGUUUACAAGUCUGUUGCAAGAGGAUGUGUAGGUGUAGCAUCCUUUUUGUUUUCAAUGUUUGACUUCAUUCUCAUAUGGCUUUGGUUCUUAGAUUAUGCUUACAACUCAAGCCGGUUUCACCUGAAUUUAUCAUACAACGUGGAACUAAUUAGAGCUGAGUUCUUGAUGCUUACUUUGUGCAACUGAAGAAUAAAAUAACUUAAGUUCCAUCUGUGUCCCUGCUCCUUUUUGCAACGUUUGGUUUUGUUCUCUUCAACAUUAUUUGCUUCAACACGAUAUCAGUUUAGCUAAAUGAUUGGAUCAGAGUAAAAAUGGAGUUACAGCAAUGGUCCGUGAUGUCCUUUUCUGCCAUGUUGGUUCCAUGUAUUUUGUUACAUUCCUUUUGUUAGAAUUCUGCAUGCUCUUUUGCUUUGUUGUGAAAAUUCUAGCUGUGUUGUGGGCCUGUGGCAUAAGCCUUUCUUAUGGGAUGUGGUGAAGUUUCUGCUCCUCUGGAAGGUAUCGUGUUAUUUCCAGUGAGGUGCAUACAUUGACAGUAGUUUUGACAAGUAAUGGCUUUUUAUAAUUAUUCAUAUGGUAAUUGCUAGGAACUUUGAGCUUCCAGUUCUAAGAGAGGCAUUUGUAUUUACUUAAUUUAGCCUUCAAUUUGUUUCGCUUCAUUGCAAGAAAUUUCUGAUGCAAAAAUGGAUUUCCUCCUACAUUUUCCUCAGCAGCCGCCACACUUUCUUUUGAGUUGCGACAAUCGAAAAGUGCAUCAGAGAAGCCCCCCAUAAGUGCUCUUAUUGCAAAUAAGACCAUUGUGCGUCAUUAGAUACACAAUGAUGGAUAGUUUCUAGCACAUCUUGGAAUAUAGUUAUUAUUUUCCUGCCUACAAUAGAGUGGCAUUUGUCCAUGAAGAACAGAGUGCGUGUAGCGCAAGAUAGGAUGUACGUGUAUGUUUUGAUGUACGGAAACAAUGAAGAAAACCAUGAAGCUGUAGAUGUAUAAUUUUUUUGGUUUUUCAAGAUUAUUGGUUGAUGCAAAUAUUUAGUUUGUGUUCCGAUGGAUUGUCUCCAAAUGUUGCUAAUAUUUUAUGGACUAUAGGCAAAGAACAUCUUAUGCCUAGCCCGUACAUUCUCAUCGACUAUAUUCACCGUUGUACUGGUAUAUGUUGUUUAUUUAGAUGUAUGCAUUUUGUUGGCAUGAUCCAACAUUCCUAGAAAAGGGUAAGUAUAGUGUCCUGUCAUGCUAGAUGCUUGCUGUUUGGCUUUAAUCAAGAACUUUAUUUUUUUACUUUGCUGCUCAAUUUUUUAGGUACAGUAAUGGCUUGUAGAUAAACAUAACGAUAUUGGUUAUCUGUUGUUGAUUCUUCCCCCCUUUUCUGUUGCAGUAAGCACAAAAUUUUUGCUACGAUUUCCCUUUCUUCCUGUCUUUGCAAUGUUAAUCGAGAUUUUGUAUUAAUGAGCCUUGUCUAACGCUAAUGCCUUCUUGCAAUGUGUAGUUGCCAUGAUAGCUAACUUUGCAUAUCUUUUUGUGCCUGCUUGCAAGCCGGCCUCACUCCUGUCAAGCAUAUCACUGUCUUGGGGGAAGACUGCAACCCUGAAAAAUGCAUAUCAGUCUAAGUCAAGAGCGGUCAAUGAGCUUUUCAAUAUGGUCAUUGGUUGACAACGGAGUAGCUAUUGAACUGAAUUAGAAACAUUUCCAGUUCUCCACAAGCUGAUGCAGGUCUGCACCAUGACAGAUACUUUGGCAUUGUGCGGAGCCUGGGUGGUUAUAUGCAUACCAUCGCUACUAUUCAUAUGCCUGCGUUGAAUGGUGUACUUACACUCUUCUCCAAAGGUGUCUCUGACAACAGGCAUGUGUAGAUCUAGAAUUGUUCCAGUGGACCUGUUCAGGACCCUGUAUUUGUAUCUGCAGACACCAAAAGGCACCCCGGUUUGUCACCCAGAUAGGUGAAAAAGUACUAAUGUAAACCAAAUAAGUGCCAUCAUCUGUCACCCACUCACCCUGCUAGCUAACAAAAGGUUGGCACUGCUCCCACUAAAGAAUGCGGAUUAUUCUGUGUCAUGGACUGCGGCUGUAGAUCUUUGUUCAGUAAACUGGCGUGACAAUGGUGAACAAAAGAAAAACUUAGGUUAAUGCUCUGGUCCAGAUUAGGUACAUGACCCACCAGUGAAGUACUUUUAAUUGAUUGGCAACAGCUUUUCAGGCACAUUAGGGAUAACACUUGCUAGCUUACAAUAGGAUGGGUGUACAAAAAGCACACUAUCAUUACACAGUUUCUUCAGGGGUUUGCUUC